CGGUGGUUUUUUUCAAAGCCGCCGGUUACCGUCGGUUUUCACAAAAAAAAGACGACAUGGGUUGUCAGAGGGUCUAAAAAGUGUUUCUUUCGUCCAAUUAAUAGCAGAUGCACUUCUCAGUGGUGACCACUAUUUUACUUUUUUGUCUAUGAAUAAAUCGAAAAGAUUCCAAUUUUUUCUAUAUUAGAACAAGACAAAGAACAACUCAGGUACAUCGUUUUUUCUAGCAAAAAUACUUUUUGUUAACGGACAUCACUGUGAAGAUGAUUCCCCUGGUAACGAAAGAGGUCCCGUUAAAACAAUGGACAAUCUUCUCACGCUAUACCUCGUUCGCGAUUGACUAUUGAACUGGAGUUUACUCAGUUUUAACCAUUCGUAAAUGAAAGUCGUUCAGAUUUCUGUUGCGCUUUAAAAAUACUUUUUCAUUGCUCAUCAGAUAUCAAUUUAUUAUUUAAAAAAAUAAAAAAAACAUGAAAUUCAGACAGACAGCAGACGAAAAAAAUGAGAAAUAAAUAAAAGCAUGCAUUAAAAACUAAAAAAUACACUAAAAAAUAACACAGCUACGCACGAAAAAAAUUAAAGUCAGCAAUUAGUCGAUGUAUCCAUUUGGCUGUCGUGACUUGAAUUAUUUGGUCUUGCGUAAAUCAUAUGAACCUGUUAGGAUGAUAAGAAUAAAAAGAAUUCAUAAUUAAUAUACUCAUUGCAAUGCUUACUCGUUGUUAAUAGCGUUUCAUGAAGACAGAACAGACGCUGAGUUGGUCAUAACAAUCUCUAGAAAUAAACGAUAAUGAAGAGUGUUCAGCAAGAAGGAAAGACUGGAAAAGAUGAAUAAUCAAUUAUUUACAUAGAGGGCGCCAAAGUCGAAAAGUAUUUUGCUUCGAAAAUGGUUAUGCGAAAUCUCCGAGAAAUUCAACAUAGAAAGUUAAAUUGUAAAUCAAAAUUGACAUCACUGAAUAAAAAUUCAUCCAAUAAAAUUCGUAGGCGCAUAAAAAUACUUAAAGUGCAUUAGUAACUUUCAAAUCUGCUAUUAAAAGCAUGAGUCAUUGGAGUCUGACAAUAUACCAAAAGAAGAAAGAAAAUAAAUUCAAUACAGUUGAAUGAUCUUGUUGAUGAAUGUGUUAUUUUAUAGAGUAUCGAAUUAAUAGUGACUUUUAAUGCAUAAUACAUCCAUAAUACCAACACAUUUUAUGUCUUUACCCAACGAGAUUGUUUUAAUUAUCUGGAUGUAUUUAACUCAUACCGAAGCAAUUAAAAGUUUUGGCUCAAUAAAAUGUCGUCGAUAUAUUUAUCUAUUAGAAAAUUAUUGUUACAAAUCAAUUGAUUUUUACACGACAUCUUUGUCGACUUUUCAACUAUGCUGUACUAGUAUGAUCAAUAUAUUCCGAUUAAAUGUGAAAAUCUUGAAGCUUGGCCAUCGAGAUUCUUAUUCUCAGUUACGUAUUUUUUCACAAUGUUGCCUUAGUAAGUCAAUAAUAUACUAAUAAGGGAAUUAUAGAGUCCUAUCAUUAUUAUUAAAUAAACCUGAUCAACAAAUAAGUUGGUCUAUCACCAAUGUCGAAAAAGCUCAGCUCCUCAACUGAAUCUUUGAGCCUUCCUUCUAGGAAAAUUUUUUCGUACGUGUAUUUUGCUCGUUUGGAAGGACUCAAAGACCCGUAGUGAGAAGCUAAGUCAUCAAGCCCAAAUCCAUAGGGAACUCUGCUCCCUUCCCCAAAAUAAAACUCUAGCUCCACCACUGCCUAUAAUGUAUGUUCUUCUAAUUAUUUCAUUAAAAACAAUUUUCUUUUUAUUCAUUAUUUUAAAGAAUCAUAAAAAAAGAUAUUAUUCAUCUAUGAUGAAAGACUUUAAUAGAUUUUCUACAUUGUUGAAUAAUACUAUACUAUACAGGAAUAAACUAUUGAUGAGUUUUUAUACUAAUAUAGAUUUCAAGUAAAUUUAUCAUAGAUUUAUUUCCUUUUUUUAUCGGGAUUAUCUAAAAUUAAUUCUAUAACGUUUACAAAAUUGGAUAUUUGAUUAAAAAUUUAUCAUAAAUAAUUGUUUGCCGUAUUUUGUUGACAUCUCUCAUAAUAUUUUAUUAUUUAGAGUUAUAUUAGCUUUUAAAAAUAUUUUAUAUAAACUUGUCUACAUCUAUAUUGGAAUAUUUAGUUUAAUGAAUACAAGUUUUAAAGCAUCACAUUUACUCUUAUUUUGAAUAUUUUCGAAACUGAAUUUUUCAUAUAACUAAUAAGAUAGAGUUACCAACUGUUCAAUUACUUUUAAGUCUCAGAACUAUGUUCAUCAUCUACGUCCUAAUAAACUCCGAAUACUCUAUAAAAAGAAUUCGAACAGCUAGUUUAUUAUUGUCAAAAUACUACAUAUUUUCGGUAUUUUUAAUCAAACGCGAUGUCGUGGUUCCCUCAAGAACCACAAAAACUGAAUUUUGACUUAAAGCUUUGCACAAAACCAAGUUGAAAUCCGAAAAUUAGUUUUUUGUGUACUUUUGAGGUGAACUGCGAUAUUGUACUCAAAAAUAUCGUAAAAGUACUGUAUCUCAACAGUUGUACGGUAGAACUGUUCGAACUCUUUUCAGCAUAUUCAAAGUUAAUUAAGGUGUACAUGAUUCACAUAGUUCCGUGACUCAAAAGCAAUUGAACAGUUGAUGAUCUUUCUUCAUGAAUCAAUAUUAUGAUUGAUGUCUUCGAAUAUUUAUCAUAUAAAUAUAAUGUAAUUUAUUUUUGUAGCUUCUUCAUCACUUCUUGACAUAUUUCCGCAAUUACAAACGCUCGUAAUACGUAAUAUUCAUGAAUCUGAUGGGAAUGAACUUGUACCUUAUUUAUCAGUCAUUCCAUUCAUUGAAAAAUUAGUAUUGAAUAACUGUCCGUUAAACAAAAUAUCUAAAUUAAUUUGUGAACAUCUUCUGAAUAAUUCGAUAAAUAAUCGACUGACAAGUUGCAUUCUUCAUAAUACUAAUGAAAAAGAUGGCAUUCUUAUUGAGGAACCAAUUUUAUCAUUGUAUCAACCUCAACAUUCACUUGUUUACCUUCGAAUUGAUGUUCGUGAUUUUGCAUCGUUGAAAUAUUUGCUUAUGUUUCUUCCGGAAUUAUCCACACUGGAUGUUCAUCUCGGAAUUGAUGUCACAAAAAGUGAUCAAGAUCUAUUUCCAUUAUCAUUCAAUCCAUGUCGUCAUUUAACUAAAUUGGUUUUGAGAUUACGGAAUAUGGUUGUGCAAGAUUUUAUGAGUGUCAUUAAAUUUAUUCUUCUUUUUCGAAACAGUCUUAUCACGCUUCAUUUAGCUCUUAUUCAUCAAGAUCCAAAUGUUCGACGUUCAUUGACAUACAUUGAUGGUGAUCAUCUUUUCAAAGAAAUUGUUGUUCAGAUGACAAUGAUGAGAGAAUUCUCAUUUUUGAUUGAAACGACUUGUUUGUGUAAUCGACAAAUUGACAAUAUUAUUCGAUCAUUUCAGACGAGUGAGUAA